AAGUUUGAUCGUUUAAGUAUUGUCCGCUGACGUCACUUUGAUUCCUUGAAGUGAGGCAGAAUAAACCUUGAAAGGACUCUCCUUCAAUCUGCUGUUCGUAACUAACACACACAAACACACUCACACGCGCAGUCACUCACUCACACACACACACAGAGACUCAAUUACUGCCCAAUUCCCUUCUUCAUCAUCUCCUGCUACACCGGCCUCUUCCAAAAGCAAAUCGAAAAAGGAAAACAAAGAGCAACGUUAGCCUACCUGAAGUGAUACUUCGAACCCGAUCGAGGCGGAAUUACGCGAAGUGUCAAAACUAAGGGUGGACAAGCAGUGAUGUCACACAGCUGAGGACAUUCCCACUCAAUAUGGAGACUGGAGAACGGCUGGCCUCACCUUCCACCACCCCGGCCUCCGUCCACACCGCCACCUCUGCGUCAACAUCUUCCUCCUCUUCUUCUUCCUCAUCCACAGCAGCCUCCAAUGCCAAGAGCAGCGUGAACCACGGAGCCAUGGCCUCACUCGGCACAUGCGGUCAUCUGUUUGGGAUGACGGGCAGUGACCAGCCCUUCAGUGUCAGCUCAGUGACCUCUGUGCCCAGCGUGUAUCCGCUCAUGGCCCACCCAGCCUUUGGUCUGCUAUCAACGGCGACGGCCCGCCCAGAGUUUGGGGGUCUAGGAGGACUGGGGAUCUCUGCUGCCCUCGCAGCUCACCCACAACUAGGAGCCUUCACAGAAUGGUGGAGAGCAGCAGAAGCACAUGGACGGAGUCAUCCAGCCUUCUUCCCGCCUUUUCUAGGUCUGCCGCCUAUGUUUGCCCCGCCGCUGCACAACCACGAGGCCAAUCCUUACACAUCCAAAACACCCAGCAAGAGCAGUCAAGCCUCCAAAGGUGUGAACGGAGCUGUGAAUGGUCGUUCACUGUCUCCAUCUGCGGCUAAAGGAACGGUUUCGGCUUCUGCCUCCCCCUCCCCCGCACUCCGGCCCCCUGAACACAGCCGGACACUCAACGCUAAAGCCCGCGACCGCAAGGCCAGUCACCAUAGCAACAGCACAGGGGAGCUUCAAGAGAAACCCUCACAGAAACCUAAAGAGAAGAAAGCCCGAAAGAAGCAGGUAGAGGUGUCUGGCGUAAGCGAGAGUGAAUCUGGAUCAUCGCUGGAUACUGACAGCGACGGCGUGAGCAGCAUCAGCGAUAUCGAUGAUCUUGGAGAGGAAGAAGAUGAUGAUGAUGAAGACGAAGAUGAGCAGAGUAAAGACAGUGAGGAGUCAGACUCAGAAAAGGAGCGGCAGAAAAAAAAGAAAAUGAAAAUUGUGACGCCAAACUCUGGGCUCAGUAAGAAGGAAAAGACCAGGCUGUUGGCGGCCAAAGACUUCCACAGAGGCCUGCCGGGCAGUGCACCUUUAGAGCCCUCUCCUCCAGUGCACCUGCAUCGCUCUCCACCUCCUCCAGGCCUGUCUCUAUCGGGCAGCAGAGCCAGGGAAAGACCCCUCCACACCAGCGUCAUCCAGUCCACAGGCCUGGCUGCAAGCGCUAAACCGUUAGCGCUAAUUGCACAGUCACGUCGAGACGUUUCUCCUAAACAUUCUCCACAGCAUCGCACCUCCUCUCCAAAAACCACAUCAGCCACUACCAAGCCCCUCACUUCCUCACCUCAGCCCCUCCCACUCUCGUUAUGCUCCUCCCCCAAACCACUCUCAGUCCCCUCCCCUCCAAAACCCCUCCCCCUGUCUUCUUCUCCCAAACCUCCCCCUCUCACCCCUUCCCUCAAAGCGCAGUCUCAAGCUUCCUCCCAGAAGCCCCAAUCUCCAGCGCUGGAUGCUCUGACCAGCAGGAAGAUUCUGGAAAGUUCUCUGGCACAAGUCACUGCUGACUACAGACUGAAACAGUCUUUCCUGUCCCAGGACCAGACGUUUCCUCUCCAGUUAAAGAAACAGCAGGACCCAUCUAAGAUAAACAAGAAGGCGGAGGCACUCACGUCCUCAUCUUCAUCCUCCUCCUCCUCUGCGCUCCUUCUUAAGCUCAGCUCUGAAGCGUCAGGUAGGACCAAGCCCCCUGCAGCUCAAGGUGUGUCCUCCUCCAGUCUGCCUUUCUCUCAUGGCCUGCUGGGUCUGGGCCAGCCUAACGGAGUCAUCCAGAUCACCCAGGAUGUGCCGUUGGCCCUCACCACCAAACCUCGCUCAGACGUGCCCGUCAAUCUCAGUACGGGAGGCCGUAAGAGCCCCGCCUCCGCGUCUCCCAUUCCGAACCGCACACGUGAGCCCCGGAAGAGCAAGACUCCCAAAGCGUUAGAAGCCUGGAGGGGUUUAUCCCAGAACCACCUGGUGCAGUCUCUGGUGGACCUGUUUCAACACAGCGGAGCUGAACAAAAGCUGCCCAGCAGCAAAGACUCCGAUGACUCUGCUGAGGACGAAGACGAUGAGGAUGAUGAUGUGGAGGAUGAAGAGGAUGAUGAUGAAGAGGAUUCAGAUGACAGUCUCUCAGAGUCAGACAGUAAUUCAGACAGCGAGAUGAACGGCUCAGAGGGUGGUAAAAAGAAGCGCAAGGAUGGAGUCAUGGAGAUGGACACCGAUGGAGAGAAGACUCCUCAGAAACUCAGCAAGGGGUUUUCCCAUCUGAACUCCUCCACCAGUCACGGCCUGUCUGACUGUCUGCCACUAAACCUCCAAGUCAUUAAGCCCUCCAGUGUGGCCACGCCCACUAUUGUGAGCAGCUCCGGUGCCUUGACCUAUCACAGCUCUCCCUCCUCAUCGUACUCUGUUGGCACCUCUCCAGGCUCUGCGAAGAGAAAGCGAGUGAUGAAUGAAGAUGAUUUACGGAUUCCGCUGGAAAUGGGCUGGCAAAGAGAGACCAGGAUGAAAACAGUGGGCGGUCGGCUGCAGGGAGAUGUUGCGUAUUAUGCCCCGUGUGGCAAGCGACUGCGACAGUACCCGGAUGUCGUAAAGUAUCUGUCCAGAUACGGAAUAACUGACAUCACACGUGAUAAUUUUAGCUUCAGUGCAAAAAUAAGGGUUGGUGACUUCUAUGAAGCCAGAGAAGGACCCCAGGGUCUGCAGUGGACUCUUCUGAAAGAGGAAGAGGUCAUCCCCCAUAUCUUGGCCAUGGAAGGUCAGCGAAGUCGUCCACCCAACUCUGAGCGGCAGUCGAGGGGCGGCAGUGAGGUUUCGGGCAGACGGCGGCGAAAGGGCCGCCACCCGAAUCUAGGAGAGAGCGAAUUCCCAAGUCCCUCCGAGGCCAAACUGCUGCGCAAGCUGGAGGCUCAGGAAAUCGCCCGACAGGCGGCUCAGAUGAAGCUCAUGAGGAAACUAGAAAAACAGGCACUCGCACGGGCUGCCAAGGAGGCCCGCAAACAGCAAGCUAUUAUGGCUGCAGAGGAGAGGAGGAAGCAAAAGGAACAGUUGAAGAUUCUCAAACAGCAGGAAAAGAUAAAGCGCAUUCAGCAAAUCCGUAUGGAGAAGGAACUCCGCGCACAGCAGAUUCUCGAGGAGAAGGAGAUGAGACGCCAACAGGCUGUUAUUCUCAAGCACCAGGAGAUGGAGAGGCAUAGACUAGAUAUGGUAUGGGAGAGGGAGAGGAGGAGACAGCACGUUAUGCUAAUGAAAGCUGUGGAGGCUCGGAAAAAAGCUGAGGAGCGCGAACGCCUCAGGCAAGAGAAACGUGAUGAGAAACGCCUCGACAAGGAGCGGAAAAUGGAGCUCCGGAGGCUGGAGCUGGAGAUGAUCCGUGAGAUGAAGAAACCCAAUGAAGACAUGUGUUUGACAGAUCACAAGCCCCUUCCUGAGAUUCCUCGUAUCCAUGGUCUGGUUCUUCCCGGGAGUGUGUUUGCAGACUGCCUGAUGGUGGUGCAGUUCCUGCGGAGCUUUGGGAAAGUCCUGGGCGUGGAUCCCUCAGAAUUGCCCACUCUGGGUAUACUGCAGGAGGGACUGCUCAACCUGGGCAACAGCAUGGGGCAAGUGCAGGACCUGUUGGUCCAGCUACUCUCGUCUGCUGUGUCCGACCCAGGAUUGCCUCAAGGACACAGGGCUAAGUCUAUCUUGGGUGACCACCUGACCAAUGUGGGUCUGAAUCGGGACAAUGUGUCUGAGGUUUUGCAGCUGUACAUGGAGGCUCACUGCUCUCAGACUGAGCUUGCUGAUCUUACUCUGAGUCUGAGGACCAAAGCCUUUCAGGCCCACACGCCGGCUCAGAAAGCCGCUGUCCUGGCCUUCCUGGUAAAUGAGCUGUCCUGCAGUAAAAGCGUGGUCAGUGAGAUCGACAAAAGCCUGGAGCACAUGAACGUGCUGAGGAAGGACGAGUGUAUUGUGGAGGGCAAAUUGAAGAAAAUGAAAAUAAUCUACGCUAAACGGACAGGGAAACGUGAAGCAAUCACUGGAGGGGAGGAGCCUCAGGCUGCGGGCGGCUCCGCCAUUGGUCACAAGCGCAAGAGGAAGGCUGGGGAUAGUGAUGACGAUGAUGAUGAAGAUGAGGACAGUGAGGAUGCAGGGGAUGAAGAUGAAGAUGAGGAGGAGGAAGAGGCUAAAAAGGGAAAAAAGGUGGAGACGUGUGAUGAGGAUGAGGGAGACCCAGCCACAAGUGUUGAAGAGCUGGAGAAACAGAUUGAGAAGUUAUCAAAGCAGCAAAACCUGAUCCGUCGGAAGCUGUUUGAGUCGUCUCAUGCCCUGCGGUCCAUGUCGUAUGGGCAGGACCGGUACCGCCGCAGAUACUGGGUCCUCCCGCAGUGUGGAGGAGUUUACAUAGAGGGGUUAGAGAGUGGAGUAGGGGUCGAGGAGUUGGAGAAAGAGCGUGAGAGGCUGAGAAACUUUCCAGUGCGGGUCAAAGAGGAGCCUAAGGAGGAAGUUCUGCAGCAUCAUCAGCAUGACAAGAUACAGGGGGCUGUGAAGGAGGAGGUGAAACAGGAGGAGGAGAAGCCCAUCGAUCCUGAUCACGAGGCAAAUAAAGAGAUGCGCUCCUCCCCCCUAAAAGACCAGCAGGAAACAGAGGUUGCGACCACGCCCCCUCAACCUCCAGAGCUCCGCCCCUCACAAAGCCCUCAGUGUCAGGAACUGCCUCGCACACCUGUUGGGGCCAAGGGGCUCUGCCACACCCACAAUGGCUGCCCGGCAACAGUCGCUAUGGAAACUACAUCAGCAUCAUCUCCAGCUCACUCUCCAACUACCUCCAAGCUGACAGAGGCCAGCAGCCCGAGCGCAGAGCACACAAUCCCUCCUCCUCUGCAGCUGGGCAUCCCUGCACACUUCCUGCAGCCGCAGCAGCUGGCGCAGACUCAGCUCCUGGCCAACGACCAGCUGCUCAAGGUCCUCAGCGAGCGCAGUGGGCACUGGUUUAGCCUGCUGCCUCGCUCGCCCUGCGACGACACCUCCCUCCUCCAGCCGUCGGCACACGGGCAGUCCUCACCCAGCAGCAACACCGCCAGCACACGGCCCAAAACUCCACCUCCACCAUCUACCUCCUCUCCGCACCAUCACCUGCUUCCCCUUUCUGCGUCUGCAAGCCCUCUGAACCCCUCACCUGGUGGGAUCAGCAACCUCAGUUUUCAGGUAAAGCCAGGUGGAACGCUGAUUGGUUUGCCUUUGGGCAACUGGUCCGGUGGGGUCAUCAGCCCCAAUCUCCACCUGUGCAGCAGCCCCCUGCACAUAUACCCCUCAGUGGAGGGCAGCGCCAGCCCCCUGCUGGCACCCAGCGUCUCAACCAGCAAAAGUGGUUCUCCUGUUCCCACUGGGGAGAAGCUUAUAUCUGCUUCUUCUCCAAUGGCACUGGACCUUCCUAGGAACCACGACCACCCUCAACCCCUGCCCAUACCAGAGAACAUGCUGCUGGGCUGGUGGAAGGUGACAGACAUGGAGGAGCUGAAAGCGCUAGUGAACGCUCUUCACAGCAGAGGCAUCCGAGAGAGAGCCCUGCAGAAACAGCUGCAGAAAUCCAUGGAGCUCAUCACGCAGACCUGUAACAAGAACCGAGAGGUGGCAGUUAUGGAGGUCUCAGAGCUCGACGAGGGCCAGGUUUCCGUGGAGACGCUGCAGGAGUGGUGUGUGGAGGAGCAGGCCAUGGAGACCGACAUCGCUCUGCUGCAACAGGUGGAGGAGCUGGAGCGCAAAGUCACGUCCGCCAGCCUGCAGGUCAAGGGCUGGACAUAUCCUGAACCACAGUCUGAAAGAGAGGACCUGGUCUAUUAUGAGCACAAGGCCCUCCCCAAGCCCCGCCCCGGGGCAGAGUCUCAGGAGGAGCGAAGCUCGGAGAAAGGCCUGGUCCGUCGACCCAGCAAUCCGCUAGACAUCGCAGUGGCGCGAUUGGCAGAGCUGGAGCGUCACAUUGAGAGAAGGUACCUGCGGAGCCCCUUAGGGACCACCAUCCAGAUCAAACUGGAUAAUGUGGGUACAGUCACUGUCCCCGCACCUGCUCCAUCCACUAGCGCUGGAGGGGAAGGGGGAGAGGAAGAGAUUGCUCCGGGGAUGAAGCUAUGGCGGAAGGCGCUGAGCGAGGUACGCAGCUCCUCUCAGCUGGCUAUGUGUCUGCAGCAGCUCCAGAAAUCCAUCGCCUGGGAGAGGUCCAUCAUGAAAGUGUAUUGUCAGAUGUGCCGAAAGGGUGAUAAUGAAGACCUGCUUUUGCUGUGUGACGGCUGUGAUAAGGGGUGUCACACCUAUUGCCACAAACCUAAGAUAACCAACAUCCCAGAGGGAGACUGGUACUGCCCUGCUUGCAUCUCCAAGGCAAGCGGUCAGUCACCUAAAUCUAAGAAGACUCCGAAUCGUGCACCACCAGGCACUGGAGGAAAAAAAGCAACAGAAGCAGCCAAGAAAAGCAAGAAGCAGACUGAGACAUGUGAAGAAGAAGCCACCAGCAGCAACAACAGCACCCCAAAGAAAGCAGCCACCACCUCCACCCAGGCCAAGAAGAACACCUCCACCCCCCCAGCACCCAAACCGGACAGCCCUGCUUGUGUAAAAAGAGCCAAAACAGCCAGAGACAACAACCGGGACCUGGGCCUGUGCAGGAUUCUGUUGGCUGAACUGGAACGUCAUCAGGACGCCUGGCCCUUCCUCACACCGGUUAACCUCAAAUCUGUCCCAGGGUACCGCAAAGUCAUUAAAAAACCCAUGGACUUCUCCACUAUCCGUGAGAAACUCGUCAGCAGCCAGUAUCAGAAUUUAGAAACGUUUAUCAUCGAUGUCAACCUGGUGUUCGACAACUGCGAGAAGUUCAACGAGGACAACUCUGACAUCGGCCGGGCCGGGCACAACAUGAGGAAGUUCUUUGAGAAGCGGUGGACUGAGCUGCUGAAGCAGACUAACUGAGGUGGUCUCGGACCACCACGAGCUGUCAUUUCAAACCUGCGACCGGGGCUCAAAAGCGGGGGAGUCGCAGCUCUCUCUUUGACACAGAGCCUUCAGGACCGACCAAUCCCACAUCAACACCCAAAGAGACACAAGACAGCGGGUGUCUUUGUGCAAUACCAUUUCCUUCUAGAAAAGAGAAAUCGCACUGAAAUUUCAACCAUCAGAGCUGUACUAAGGAGAAAAAUCCCUUUCCACUACUUGUAAAUAUCUUUUUAUUUUGGUUUUGUAUUUUUACUUUAUCGUUAAUAUUAUAGUGAAUGUAUUUAAUUUUUUUAAUGAUUAUUUAUGACUAAAUAAAAGAAAGGUCCACUCUUCAUUUUCUAUGAAAAGGAAGAAACAGCAAAACUGCUUUAAAUCUAAUGGAAUGUUUAUUUGUUUGUUUUUCCUCUCCAAAUAUGAAACAAAGCCAAGAAAAAAAAGAAACUGUUUACACUGUUCUGUGCCAUGUGGCAUCAGAGUAUUCAACCCUCUGAACGUGAAUUAACGGCAUCACUGUACACACACACACACACAUACACACACACGCAGACAAGCAGGAGGCACCCAUGUGUACAUACUGUCUAUUAAUGUCAAUAUAUUGAGUCUUGUUUGGAAUGAUGUGUACAUAUUGUUUCAGACAUUGGAUAUUGUUUAUGCCUUAGAACGUUUGUAGCGAUUAAUUUUAGUCUUAAAGUGAUUAAUAAUAUACAUUUAUUGUUUGUACAGUAUAUACAUAUCCUCUACAAAACACUGUGGUCUCCUUAAUCUUAAGUAGUGCCUGCCCUUCAGAACAGGGUAUAGGGAAAAUAAUUUGUUCUUUUUUUGUUUGGUUUCGUUUUUUCCCUUUUUUGUAAUGUUAUUGUUUUCUUAUAUACAACACAUCAAGGCCUCCACUCAAAGGCAUACUGUACGAAACUCAUAUCUGAACCCAUAUGAAAGCUGGCUGGCCCCAGAGGCGCUCAGAGAUGGACAGCAGGCGUUCGGUAAGCACCCGCGUGCGUCGUGGCCCACUGGAGGCAGCUAGAACAGAGUUUUUUUGUACCUGCGUCAGAGUACUUGAAGUUAUUUUAUUUAAAGAUAUUGUGGGAAACAAAUGGUAGCGUUCUUUUUGUAGGAGCAUUAUUUUUCACUAGUGUGUGCGUGCGUGUGAGUGUGUGUGUGUGUGUAUGUGAGAGUGCGAGCGUGUGUUUGUGCGAGUGUGUGGAUGUUUGGCACGGACUUAUUAAAAGGAUGUUUUUAAAUCCA